AUGUCCGCCAAGGCGAAGAAGCUGCCGCCUCUCCCCAAGCUGUGCGGCAGCCAGCCCCAGCUCUACCUCCGCGCCGACGGCCAGGGCGUCACGCGCGGUGCGGCUAGCGGUGCCUCCUCGUCGCAGCCGGCGCAGCCGGCGCUCGGCAGCGGCUUUGUCGGCGGUGCAGACGCGGGCGGGGGCAGCAAGGGGAUUCGGGCGAGGCGGCGGGAGAAGCCCGACACGGCGGGUGCGGGCUGGGGCAAUAUGCGCGCGCCCGAGAUGACGGCCGAAGUCAAGCGCGAGCUGCUGAUG